CAGCUGGAAUCAGUGAUAACGGCAAGAUGCUAGUUUUAAGAAGUUGCAGUCGAUCUUAUCUUAAACCCAUUCUCCCCCGGUACUGUUCAACAAAGAACAACAAACCUCCAAAAGCGACACCCGAAAUGAAGCAACCCCGCGAACCUGAUGGCCAAGAAGAACGGAUUGUGGUAGAGAAGGAAAACAACAUCACACUGAUCGGCAUCAAUCGUCCAAAAGUGAGAAACGCAAUCGAUGUCGCCACCGGUGUGGAGCUGUCGAACGCAAUAACCGCCUUUGAGACCGAUCCUACGGCGGAUGUCGGUAUUCUGUACGGUAUCGGUGGUACGUUUUGCUCGGGGUACGAUCUCUCGGAGCUAUCCGCAUCCGAUGACACCAGUGCGGUACGUUCGAACGUCCUGAAUCCGGAGGGCGUGAUGGGACCAACGAGAAGGAUGAUCGAGAAACCACUUAUCUGCGCUAUCAGCGGUUACUGUGUGGCCGGCGGACUAGAGCUGGCCCUCAUGUGCGAUCUGCGCGUAAUGGAGGAGAAUGCCGUGCUUGGGUUCUUCAAUCGGCGCUUCGGUGUCCCCUUGAUCGAUGGUGGCACCGUCCGGUUGCCGGCUCUGAUCGGUUUGUCUCGUGCACUCGAUCUCAUGCUCACCGGAAGGGCGGUCACGGCAAAGGAGGCGCUGGAAAUCGGUCUCGUGAAUCGUAUCGUUGCCGUCGGGGCAGGCCUUGGGCAGGCUUACAAUUUGGCGAUGAGCAUAGCCAAGUACCCGCAGCUCUGCCUUCGCCACGACCGAGCAGCAGCCUACUAUGGUGCCUUUUCUGCACAAUCGUUUGAGGAUGCUAUGCACAGGGAGACACAAACCGUCACCGAUGAGCUACUGGCGGAAGCACGGACUGGGGCCAACAAAUUCCGGUCCGGUGUAGGCCGGGGAGGCAGCUUCAGUGGCAUAAAGGAGCGAACGAUACCGGACUGGGAACGCUCGGAAAUGGGGUUCGAAUCAAAGCUUUAGCCUUACUGGCGGGUUCUUCAAGGUGAGGGUUGUGUAGUUUUAGAAUAUUUUUCAGGGGUUUCAGCUAAAACGAACGCCGAAACCACCAAGUUUAACUUUGAAAAUCGGUUGAUUGAUCAAGACUCCUCUGUUGUUAUGUUGCUAAUAGGCAAUUCAAAUAAAAUUAAUUAAGAAACGAUAGCUACUUACAGGCGUUCGUUGUGUUACGGUGACACUUUGUUUUCGUUUAAUAGACACCAAUAGAAUGUUCAAUUAUUUUACUAAAAGGUUUGUUUUAUUAUUUGAAUACGAUUCUGUUUUUUACUUAAAACAUUCAUUCCUCCGCCUCGGGAUCGUUACCGUAAUCGCAUGUAGGGUACCACCACAAGUAUUAACCAACCGCGAUGAUCGAAACACUCGGCUAUCGUACCCGUUCGAAGCGGAUCGCUCGUAGUUGUAACAUUCGGUUAGUUACUCACGUAACCAAACCACCCAGAAGAUACCGGCAGAUUUGUGGAUGGGCAAUUUGGUUUACGACCCGCUCUCUUCCUUCUAAAUAUUUUGUUUAAUAAAUUUCUACAUGUUGUUUUUCAUUUUCUUCUGUGCGUUGUAUCUACUAAACAGAUAAGAAUAUUUGAUUUCUUCUGUGAGUGAAUAAAUUGAGUAAUCCAUAUCAACAUUCGUUGCAUACCGCAAUGCUCGCCUGCCUGGCCUGUUCCUGUACUUUCUCUCUCUCUGGAAGAUCGCAACAUAACGUCCAUAAACGUCGGAUUGAAUUGCGGGACAUAACUGAAGGAAAGGGUGCAGGAGCGGGGGCAUCUUAACGGUCUGCUGUAGGAGGAUAAUCACCAUCGGAAUCCGCCGAGCAUAGGAAAUCGUUGGAAUCGGUACCUGAUUUUAUAAUCCAUCGAUCUCCCACCACACCACCACGAGCACACAUCAUCGCCGAAGGAUUUUUUCAUCGGGCGAGAAAUCGUGAGUGAAACUGGAGUGGGAUUUGGGGCUGGUGGUAGUGAUUGCGGUUUGUGUGUAUAUAUAUAUUUUUACGAAGUAUUAUUCGCGACGAGACACUAAAAAAAGGAUCUCCUUCUCUAUCGUUGAAGUUCAACGAUCCCCUGGGCCUCACAUACAUACAAUCACACACACACACACACACACACGCACAGACAGAGAUACAAACAAAUCAACUACCAAACUACAGCGUUUUAUGCUUCAUUGAUUUUCAUUUCCAUAAAAUUCAUCCAUCGUGUUCUGGACUCCUGACGGCGAAAACAACAACACCAUCCAAUGGCUACUACAACACCAUCAUCACUGCUGCAUCCGCCUUCCCCCCUUAUCUUCUUCCCGUUUUUUUCCGUGGUCCUGUGGCGCUUGGCUUGGAUGGGGGAAACCUCUUGUUUACUAGUUUUGUAGCGGAUCCUAUAUUUCAUUUAAGAAUAAAGUAUUUACCAAGGUAAUUCAUACGAAAAUCGUAGAAAGGCGUUAGAUGGAGGCAAACGUGGUUCAUCUCCGCCUGCUUUGCUUUUAAAGCUUUCCGAUAGGGCGGAGCGCCUAGGGCAGGCAGAUCAGCCGUUUACCGAACCCGAUUGGAGAUAUUAGCAACUCUAGCCCCACCGAGCGCAUCGACCGGAACGAAUCUGCAACGUGCUCGUGCAUCAUCCUACCCUUCUCCUCUUAUCAGUCCUUUCAUUCCUCUUCCCUCGAUUCAGUCUACAUCCACCACCACCUUUCGAGCCAACGUCGGUCGAGCUUAACAAAAAUAAGCCCACCCAAUCUAACAAAAGCGAUGAAAUCUGGUGCAACAACUGGCAGUCACACAACGAAGUUACUAUGUGUGUAUGUGUGUAUUAAUGAAUCCAAUCCUUCUCAUCUUUAAUUCAACUUCAACUUCAACGAUAAAAAAAGAA